AAAAACUUUAUAAGAUUUUAUAUAAUAACAAAAUAUUAUUUUAUUAUUAUUAUUUUUUUUAAAUACAUUUUGAACUAUGAUAGAUCCAACAGAUAAAAUAGAGAGAGCAUGUCAAGUUCUUUCUCAAGAAGUCAAAGAACUGUACUUAGGAAAUGAAAUAGCAGAAAUAAAUGGUACAAUUGAUCCUUUAAUAUUUUAUCGUGAUUAUGUAUCAAAAAACUUGCCAGUAAUAAUACGAAAUGGUUGCGAACACUGGCCAGCUAUUAAAAAAUGGUCUAUAAAUUAUCUUCGAGAGAUUUUAGGAAAUAAAUUAGUUUCUGUAACUGUUACACCUAAUGGUUAUGCCGAUGCAAUAACAAAAUGUGUUUUAGAUGGUAUAACGAAACAAUAUUUUGUUAUGCCAGAGGAACGUUCUCUAACGAUGACUAAGUUUUUAAAUACUCUUGAAAAUCCUGAAUUAGAAAGUAUAUUUUAUAUUCAAAAACAGAAUUCUAAUUUUCAAGAUUUCGCUGAACUUGAGGAUGAUAUCGAUACAGAUAUAUCAUGGGCUACGAAUGCCUUUGGUAAAAAGCCUGACGCUAUUAAUUUUUGGAUGGGUGAUCAGAGAGCCGUAACAUCUAUGCAUAAAGAUCCAUAUGAAAACAUAUAUUGCGUAGUGUCAGGUGAAAAAACUUUCAUAUUACAUCCUCCUACGGAUUUACCUUGGAUUCCAUAUGAAAAAUAUCCUCCUGCUGUUUAUAAAGAAAUAGAACCUGGAAAGUGGACUAUUGAACCGGUCAAUAUUAGGAAUAAUCUAGAAUCAGAAUAUUCGGAAAAUUUUAAUAGGAUACCAUGGAUAGAUAUUGAUCCUCUUAAUUCAGAUUAUAAUAGAUAUCCAAAAUAUAAAAAUGUACAAAGAUUAGAAGCAAGGGUAAAAGCAGGGGAUAUAUUAUAUCUUCCUUCUCUUUGGUUUCAUCAUGUAAGACAAUCACAUGCGUGCAUAGCUAUUAAUUAUUGGUACGACAUGGAAUUUGAUAUUAAGUAUGCAUAUUACAAAGCACUUGAGGUACUAUGUCAAAGAAUAUAAAAUACAAUUUCUUUCAUAUUAAA